CCCAACGAACGAGCGACACACGCCAGACGACUUUUAUAGCCAACAAUGGCGCGCAGACACAUUCUAAAACCAAAGGAUUUUACAUUUACUACACAUUAUUUUAUUUUGCUCCUAUUUGGACUUCUUCUGCAAGUUACUCAGUCUUUUGACUGCGUCAACGGCGUGUUUGAUGGGGUGUCGUGCACAUGCGACCCAUGUUGGACAGGGCUAAACUGCGAUCUCCCAGCUUUCAAGAGUCCGCAGUUUGUCGAACGAUUUAAGGAUGUUGCAAUUAAGGCCAACUCUCAGCAAAAACUCUUUAAAGCUAACGCCCAGGAUACGUGUACUGGGACAGAUACCGACAAAUGUCCCUGUGGGAAGUUAUUAUACACCAUCGAAUCCGGUGGGGAAUAUUUUAACAUCGACCAAUUCACAGGUGAAGUUGAGGUGAAACCCGGUGUUUUGCUUUCUGAAGAUGAAUACACCUUGCUAAUAACUGCCAAGAAUGAGAAUGGACCUGCAGAACAGUCCGACACAAUGACCGUUUCAGUGCACGUGCUGAAAACAGAUCCAUUCACUCCGAUGUCUGACGGGUACGGCGAGGGAGACGAACAACAACAUUCAAGACAGAAGAGGGCCACCAACGUUGUGACUAACGUCACAUUCCACCUGGAGAAGAAGGAGCCCCACAACGACACGACGGAAAUGAAGGUUGGCACAAAGAUUGGCUUCAGACUGACAAUCCACUUCCCUCCCGGCGAGACGGACAUGUUGGUGGAGCUGUUCACCCCCGACAACGCCUCCACCGUGAUGAUGCUGUGUGAGGUGGAGGUCAACGCCCUGCCCGCCGGCACUAACCUCCACUUCAACGGCUCGGGAACACCCAAUUACUUCUCACUCAACCAGUCAAUAUUUUAUGACCGUGCAGUGAUAGACUUUGGUCUAGUGACAAAUGACAACACGGACAGCUCGAAUGCAAUCAACAGCCAAAUUAUAAUUGAAUACAGCGCCGUUAUGAUCGAGAACGAGGCGACGAAGAAUGGCUCCACCUAUUGGGUGAGCGCCGGGGCGGAGUACAGCAAUGACGAGUACGUGUGGGUAGGGCAGGCGCGAUUCAUGGCCCUACUCGACGAUGAGAACUACACAGAAGUUCCCACGUUCAACUUCACAGGGCCGAGCACCAUGGCUAUCGGCAGCGCGGCGGUCUUUCAGGUCGACAUGUUUAUCCCUUAUCCGUCAGUGUUCCUAAGCUUCGAGGCAUUUGCCCCCAUCAACACUUCAAAUGUGAUGUCUGUAUGUGGAAUCAAGGCCAAAGACACAGCUGUCAAUUAUGAGUGUGGUUUUGACUACAAGUCAUUAGAAGCAGACAUGCAAACGGACGGACAAACGCGUGGCUUUAAGCGAGCACAUUUAGAGAUUGGCGUCGUUACCAAUAAAGGUGUGCGAGAUUCUGCCUAUGUUGAGUCUGAUAGCCGAAUUACUGUUGAGUUUAUUGCCCAUCUGUACGGAGACAUGGCCGUGCUUAAUCAGGUGUAUUGGGUUGGCGCCGCUCUGCAGAUUGGAGGUGAUCAGAUAUGGGCAGGACAAAUUGCAGUGACAGCCACCACUAUGGUCAAUGACGCUCUUAGUCCAACAUAUGCUAUUAGUGGCGGGAACACCCUCACUACUCAAACACCUGCCGUCGUAGAGUUGACGGUUACGAUCCCCGAGCACACAACUCAAGACUAUGAACUGGAAGUUCUCACGCCUUAUUCCAAUGGAGCAAUCCUUCAAAUAUGUGCCCUGCUCAUCAAAAGUGUGGGUGAAAACAUGCCCUGUUUACAGAAGAACAUAGAAGCGAUUUAUUCCUCCCAAGAUGGUAACGGCACUUCUGUGCCAGAUCGGGCAGUGCUACAUCUUGGUCGAGUGACCAACGUGGGGUCGUGGGGCUGGGUGAACACUGCUGUCAAUAACAGCAAUGACAUUACAUUCCAAAUCUUAGUGAAGGCAAACAACCACAGUUCUGCGAGCGACGGCAGCGAACACAACAUUACCAUCGGUUUCAUACAGAAUGGAACGAAGUUGAAUUUAGGAGACCGCUUACUGACAGUCCAAGCUGCACCUGCGAUCGACACACAAAUUGUGAAUGAGAGUGUACCAACAUUUAGCUUGAAGUAUGGUGAUGUUGGGAGCGAGUACGUUGAAGUAGGAACGGCGACAACGUUUGUUUACGAGAUGAAGACAAAACGGGAUGUCAAGUACCCAAUGAUGGACAUUGAAUUCAUUAUGCCCAACGAUACAGCUGGGGAUGGAAAGACCCCUAUUUCAAUCUGCAGGACGGAGAUCAAGUCCGUGGGCAAAAACAUUGUCUGUCUCACGAAGUCAGUCGUCAACAAAGCAAUCGUCUAUGAUUCGCGGUACCAUGACAAACUAAACGACAGGUCGAUACUGUCGCUUGGCGCGGUCUGCAACUCGGAGUUAAUCGGUGGUAACGACACGACGGAAGACACCCUGACAAUCGAGACCAUCGUGCAGAUGCAGGAACACUCCACUAAUACAAAUGGAUCACGAACCUGGCUGAGCGUGGGCACAAUGUACAGCCCGACUAGAAUGUGGGUUGGCCAGCUCGCUGUGUAUCCACGCACCAAUGGAUACGUGGCGACGACGAAGACGCCAACAAUAAUAUUGAACAAGAAUUCUAGUCUCACUUCCACUCCUGUCGGUUACAUCGUCACCUACAACCUCGUCAUAAAAUCUCCGCCAGGUGAACAUUUCAAGUAUGAAAUUAACAUCACAUCCAAUGACAUUGACCUUAGCAUCUGCGUAUUUCGACUCGUCGCUGUAGGCUACAAUCUGCCGUGCGUGAAGACGACAACACCAGCACAAUACGACCACGAUGAGGUUCACGGUGUCAAUACAAAGGCGUCGAUCAAUCUUGGAUUUGUGUCUAACGUUGGUACAACUGCACUGUCAUCCGAUGCUAUGUUUGAUGAUAAUACUCUGCAGUUUCAAAUAGUGCUGCAAGUUAUAAAGACAGCAUCUGUUGCACAAAAGUCAUUCGCUGUAUUGGUGACACACAGUGGUGGCUCAAAAUCCUUGUCAGACACAGUGGACGUGACGGCGGACACGUCGGCUAUCACAACGCCUCUCACCAAUGUUUCCACACUGGAAUUUAACAUGGGUACAAUAACCGAAGGUGAAUCUCCUUCAAAUCUUGUUACCCCUGGACAAGCAAAACGACUUCUGGUUGACAUCCGUAUGCCCGAGGAUGUAACACAAGACAUCACAGUCAAAGUGUUGGCGCCACUCAAUCUAAACGGAAUUGUUGAAAUCCCAUACAUAUCAAUACUCUCUGUAGGAGCCAACAUGCCGUGUCUGCAGCGGAAGGUCACUGUCGCUGAUUAUAUCGCGAGAAAUACCACUUCAGGUAAAACAGAAAUUGCUUCCCUGAGUUUAGGUUAUGUGUGCAAUAUUCGACUCGCACCUAAUGAUGCUGAUGCUAAUUUGAUUCGCAUCCAGGCUAUUGUAAAACUAAUGAAGGACGAUAGUCUGAGUGAAGGUCAGACCCUGACGUUGAGCGCAUCAGUUAACACCAACGACCAACUGAUUUUCAUUGCACAGCUUGAUCUUCAGGUUACCAAAACCUUUACAGAAAUCCGACAGGAUAACAUGACCCUCAUUAAUAAUACUGGAAUCAAGCUAAACAUCUCUGAUGAUCCCAUCCACAUGAAGAUAUCCGAGAGGCGAGUCUUCCCAGUGUUGCUGUACAUUCCGACAAAUUCUACAUUAGACGUCAAGUUUGAUGUGGAUCUUCCAGUCAAUGACUCUGCGGUAAUCACUUUCCUCGGUUUGCGAGUUCAGGGAAGCGGAAAAAAUUUGGUCGGCUAUGGAAAGUAUAAUGAUGUGGAAAUAACUCAGAAAUCAACACAAAACACGACACAGAUAAACAAAGUGUAUUGCAGCCUAGGCAUUGUUACAAACACAGGUUAUACGUACCAGACGGGCGAAGAACAGGACGAGGAUAACACAGUUGUCCUUGAACUGGAGCUGCAACUCGCAGACAGUGUGAUCAACAGCAAUAACUCGGAACACUGGAUUAGUCUAGGUAUCAAGGUGGGAAUCUACAUUGUCAUCCUCGAGCACAAAGUGGUUGUCAUCAGAGAUGGUAUGGAGAAGCCACAGAUAGAGUUUGUGGGAUCCGUUAAUGCAAACUCCACUAGUUCAGAAGUUGAAAUAGAUGCAGUAAUAAGACAUUCGAACACUUCAACAGCUGAAGGCCAAAACGGCACGGCUAUUUUAUACUACCCAUCAUUUAUGAACUUUUCUGCAAUCACGUGGGUAAACGACAGCCGGAUUCCGUACACUGACUCUGUGGAUGGAAACAGUUUGCAUAUCCAGCUAGAAAAACUUUAUUUCACUGAUGUUUUGAGCUUCACGCUUGUUCUCAAAACAAAUGGAAAAAAAGUUCCAGCUGGGAUCACAGGAAGCAACGUUGUAUCGAAUCUAGAAGCAGCAUUCAAAAUGCAUGACUAUUUGAGCACUGAUGACUUUGUAGGAGAGAUGUCUGAGCUUGUUUACAGUGUUACUGUAGUACCUAAAACAAAUUUCCAGUGUGUGACCACGGCGUUGGGGAUGGAGACUGGUGCCAUACAAGACUGUCAGUUGGAUGCGUCAGCUGAAACGAUUCCUGGCGGAGAGGCCAAGCUAGGAAGAAUAGGAUCAUCAGGAUGGAAGCCAUUUGUUAGAGAUGGCAAACUAAAGGAGGGGAGGUACUAUCAAGUGUACUUUGGCAACGCCACACUGGUACAGAAAAUAGACAUGGAAGUAUCGCCGAGCACGAACCUCGUAACAAAAAUUAUGACGAAAUUUAGCAAUGAUGGAUUUGCCUGGAUUGAUGGAGAAAUCAUAACAAUCGCAACGCCAUAUUCUGUACCGGCAAAACACACUCAAACCCUGUCGAGCAGUGACCCGUAUCGCUACAUCCGAGUGUAUAUCCUCAACAACCAGACACCACGUGGUGAAAUAGCCAUCAAGUUUGAGUUCUACGGUUGUAUGGUGGAUGACGUUUCUACUACUGACGUCUGCACGUCUGUGCGAACACCAUCACGAGUGCCACAUGCAGAUUUCAAUCGUCGAGGCUUCCUGGCUCUGACAGACGGAACUCUUUUUGUGUGUGAUGCUGCCUUAGACAGGGGAUUAAAACAAGUGUGCUUCCGCUCCACUGAUGGCAAUGUGUGGAAAGAACUCGAUUCCCGUUUGGCAUGUAUGGUUGGUCACGACGCCGACAAUAACCGUGUCUACGGCAUGGCAACCGAUGGUGUUAGCUUUAUGGUCAGUUCGGACAAUGGAGCCAGCUGGAAGUCAUGUCACGUUGAUGACGUCACGAAAUCGAAGGCAAAACUAGGCUUCAUUCCGGUAAAAGUGGUACCAUGGAAGGAUGACUCAAAUCUAAAGAUGACCAACCCAAGCCCAGGCUAUACAGUUGCUAACUGGGGAGCAACCGUUCGAGGAAUACAUAAGUACAGCGGAUCUGUAUGGACCACGAAGAUGGACUGGUCAACCUGCUGUCCAUAGUGUCAAAACAGACCAUCAUUAACUACUAAUUAAAAUAGACAAAGAAGCAGUAUGUGAACAAAGAUUUCAGAAUAUACUCAUGUAUUACACCACAUAAUAUAUAACUGAUGAACUGUUUUAUGUUUUGUACCCAACUGGUACUUUUCGUUGUCUUGUAAGGGAAUCGGUUUUUAAUUUGUUAGUUAUUUUCUAAAUGUAGUACAGUUGUAUAAGUGUGUCCUAAACAAGGAAUAUGGUGGCGUAACAAACUUAUCAAUUAUUGAUCGUCAUUGACGGCAAUAUCAGGUUUUAGGACCGAAGAACUUGAUAUUGACCAAUACCAACACUAAUUUCUUCCGUCCAUAAAACCUGAUUGCCCGACAUGUGGUCAAUAAUUGUUUUAACACAUAAUGACAUCCAUAAGACUCGUACAUCCUACUUUUUUUUAAAUCAGAAUCAAAAUACGCUAAUACUUAUAAAUGCGUUCCAACUAACGAGGUUUAGUAGUGUCACGUAAUCCUAUGACAAGCAGAGGAAUGCGGAAAUAAACGGUUGAAACCAGAAAUAAAUAAAUAAAUUAGAGAUACUAUGGCCAGCAAGAAUGUGAACAUAAAAUAAAAAACUAAAUGUGAUAAAUAGAGAUUAUUAUACGAGCUUGUGUGUUGUACUGACUUUACGAAACGAGUUGUCAGACUUUUUGUAUUGCCCGAGCGAGAGCGAGAGCGAGCGUAAUACAUAAAUCCUGACACGAGUUUCGUAAAAUCAGUACGACACACACGCGAGUGUAAUAAUUUCUUUAUUAUCCAUAUUAUUAUAGGUUUCUUUUUUAUGAAUAACAAGGACCGCCUCAAAAUAUAUUAGCCACAAGUAGAAGGCGGCGACGUGAUGACGUCAUAUUUCACGUGCAUAUCUGAGCUAGGACUGGAGAAAACAACAUCAUGUUAUGACGUCUCUUCCCAAAAUUAAAUCAUCACACUUGUUAUUACGUGUGCUUCGUAUGAUUAUUAUUUAUUAGUAGUAGUAGUAGUUAUCAUGUACUUUUCUAAAUCUGCGAGAUAUUCCUUACAAAAUUUGAUUAGUAUUGACCUUGUUGUCCUGGUAUUUGCGAAAUUAAACACAGUAUGAAUAAUGUUGUCAUAUUUUUUGUUGAACGACAGCAAAGUGUAUUGUCACAAGUUUGUGGUUGUUUAUAUUAAAAUUGCAGUUAACGUUGCAUUACGUUAUCUAUUGUUUUAUUUGAUAAAACAAAUAUCUUCUUUGUUUUCAUUGGUUAAAUCUUCGAAGGCAAUAUCACUUUUGAUCGGGCCGGUGAGACCGACUGAGGGCAAUGUCAUUAUUAACAGAAGGUCAUGUGAUUGGUUUUCAACCAAUAAGAAUAUAUAUAUAUAUAUAUAUAUUCUCAUUAUGUAAUAAUAUGUCAUAUGAGUAUUAUAGCUAUAGUAACUUGUACUAUUUAAGUAAUUAAUACUAUGUGUUCGAGUCACAUCAAAAAUACAACAGAGUGAACUUGAACUUGAACUGCACUGGCAACCUUCAUUCCAUUGAAAAGAUUUGUUUUGUUACAGUGCUUAACCCUAGCAAACUUCAUAAUACGCCACAGAUAUCUUUUCAAAUCAAAUAGGAGAUUUAAAAGUAGUUUGUAGAACAAAACACGUUGGUUGGAAUGCAUUUAUUUUAAAUUUUACCAUACUCCGUAGUUAUCCCUACAUUGUAAGAAUGUAUUUAAUGUUUAAAAGACACUUCGAAACCAGAGUCUUAUGGAGUACUCAAACAGAUAUGAUGAACUAUAAAGAUGUAAGGAGCUUAGUCAAUUUCAGUUUCCACCUAUAGAGGACCAUGGCAGACUAAUGUGUUCAUUGCCCCCAGCUGUCUUACAAAUGCAUGAACAGAAUACCUACAAUCACAUCUUUCAUUUUCGUUUGUAUUCUUUUCACGUUGUUGUCGCUCACGACGAUCACGACGAUCACUUCAUCAACAAACAAUGAGUUCAAUUAAUGUUUAACCAAAUCAGUCGGUUUAAGUAUCAUUGUGAUGUAUGAUUUCAUUUUAUUUUAAUGUUUUUUAGAUAUUAGUUUUAAUUAUCAGUGGUACACGUAUUAUAUGUCUGUGCACUUCGGUGUAUCUCUACUAACAAUGGCAUUUUUGCCAGCUGUUCAAAUUAGGAUGUUGUCAGCAAAUUAAUUAAUUUCUCAUUGAUCCAUAGAUGCCAUAUAAGUCACAUACAAUAUGAAUUGAAAAACGUAAUCUCUGAGUAUACCACAGAAAGGUAAUUCAAAUUAUUUCAAAUUCAAUCCAGUGAUAUAUUGUGAAAAAUGUUUGCAUUUAAAAUUUUAGCACGGUCUAAUUGGCAAUUAAGAACGUAAUUUUUUUAGGGGGUGGGGGGGGGGGAUAUUAUUAAAAUAAAAUAAUGUGAACAACUUGUCUUUUUAUGUUGUACAAAACUAAACGAUUCAAUGGAAUUCUAACAUACUAUUUUCAUGAAUUCGUGAAUACAUAUGAAAGAAUAGUGUAUACAUGUAUUCAACUUGAUACUUGUGAUGUAUAUAAAUUAUUCAUAAUCGAUGUAAAGUGCAAUGUACAUAAUUUAACUUAAAAUGUAUUAUUUGGUAUACAACUCCAAACAAUUUUAACUAACUUAUAUUGAAACAAGUUGAUCUAUUAUCCGUAAAGCUUUUGUCUCUGUACUUUACUGCUGUUAACUUGGGUGGUGUUCAAUUCCGUCCAUUCAAAAACAUACAGAUAUAUCUAACAAUGAACUGUUACUAUUUAUAAACAAGUUGAUCUAUUAUUCGUAAAGCUUUUGUCUUUGUACUUUACUGCUGUUAACUUCGGUGGUGUUCAAUUCCGUCCAUUCAAAAACAUACAGAUAUGUCUAACAAUGAACUGUUACUAUUUAUAUACGUUGAAAAUAAAGUUUCUAAUUGUU